AUGUUGAAUGAUUCAGAUGAAUGUACCCUGCAAAUUUCAAGUCUCAACGACCAGCGGUUUAGUCUGUGCGUUGUCUACGAGAGCGGCGGCAGUUCCGCCUCUCAGUCGGACAGCAGUGAAGACGAGGUGACGGAGCACGUGACCCGCUCCACGCCGCCGACAGACAUGGCCGCCGCCAGGGCACAGGUUCCCACUAUCAGUGUGACUCCGCACAGUCCGGGGGUGCUGGACGACAGUCUGCAACAGCUGCGCAGACUCCAUGCGGCUGUGCAGCGGAUGCGUGCAGCGCCGUUACCCUUACUGGCAAUAGGCAGCAAUCGACUAAGUACAUCAUGCCCGUCGCUGUGCAAAGACGGUGCGCCGGAACCAGAGUGCUCUUCCCCGACGCAUUUGGACUUCUACCCACAAAGCAGAAAAGGGAGCGGGGAGUCCCGACAAUGGGGCUUAUGGGAACGGCGAGACGAAGGCCGACGGAGUUCCUGGGCGGCGCUCGAACCUGGAGCGAGACUUCACGAUUCUCACAGGCAACGCAGCACGUUAAAUGGGCACAGUGCGUCGCUGUCGUCUAUGGAGUCGGAGGGUGAAGUCCCGCGUCCAGUGAGACAUUCCACACAUUCACUUAACGACAACGACUUAGCGAAGGACUUCGAGAAGGUGACGGCGGCGCUGCGCGCGGGCACGAGCGUAUCGGGCGGCUGCGGGGGCGGGGGCGGCGGCGGGGCGGGCGCGGGAGGUGCGGGGGGCGCGGGCGCGGAGGGGGGCCGCCUGUGCGCGCGCCUGCCGCUGCAGAAGUCCGUCUCCACGCCCAGCAUAGUUGCCGCCGUACAGCCGCCGCAGCCGCAACCACCCAUCGCCAUCGUUUCUGCGGGGGGUGCGAGCGAGACGGAAAGCGAGGAAGAUCUGUCAGUGCCAACAGAAGGUUCCAUCAACCAGAUACCAGGAAGAAGGCUGAAUAAUACGCGCCAAGAACAUUUGGGCUUGCAUCGUUUGGCGUUUCUAGAACAAGCGGCAUUUGAUCAUCACGCAGAGAAGAGGCGGAAACGGGGAAGUUUAUUCUUCAGGAAGAAGAAGGACAAGUCCCGCAAGGCAUCGCACGCAUGGCAAGCGGCCGGUAGCAGUGGCGACUGUGAUUGGUGUGGGCGCGCCCUUACUGAUAAUCCAUCGCUGUAUUGUGAUAAUUGUACCAUGACAGUACAUCAAAAUGUAUGCAAAGAUUAUAUAGUAGAAUGCAAUAAACCAAAAUCGUCUAAGACUUCAGUUGGGAAAUCGUUAAGUGCCAAUAGUGGAAAAAGUAGUAAGCGCAGUUCCGUAUCUGGCCAAUCUCAAAACUCUAAUAGCACGAGCCAUGCAUAUAACGACGAUAAAGAUGGUUCCGAUCACAAACACGAUCAGAGCAAUGCAUCUGAUGACGCCGGCGCGGGGGAAUGGCCUGAAGUGUAUUUGACGCCGGACCAACUGGGCGAUGAGGCGACGAUACUCGGUCUGGGCGCUUCAGAACCGGAUACGUGGGCAGCCGGCGCGCCUAAAGGAUUAGCCAAGUAA